CCCUUGCGGAAAGGGCAGACACACUGGCUGAGCAGCAGCCGGAAGAAACGUAUUGUCUUGGCCUUGUACGGAACCGGGUCCCUGCGUCGCUUACUCCUUACUCCACCCGGAAACGAGGGGCGUCCCGUUCCGAACCUUCCGACGGUGAAGAGGUUUACCCGCGGGACAAGGAAGGAGGCGUCUCUGCCUGUUUGCUCUAGAGUCUUCGGGUCCGAGGCGGUGGUAGCAUGCCCUGGGCGUACUUUGCUACCAGGAGUGAGGGCACCCUUGCUCUGAGUCGGUCGGUGUGGUCACCUCUGCUGACCAGCACCAUUCCCACCUCUUACUCUACUCUACCCAUCAUACUACCCAACGAACAGAACACGCUUGGUCUCCCCUUACCUCGACUAGCCAAGGGACAAGUCCGCAUAUAUUCUUCAUACAAGAUAUCCACUACGGCAGGCUGCUUGCGACUCUCUCACGAGUGCUGCAGCGUAUACUUCUCCCACCCGCAAGCUUGUCAGGCGUGCGAGCCUCCGACGAGCAUCAGGGCUAGAGAGGACACUAGCGUCCCUAGAAGCUCACCCGCGAUUAUUCCGAAUUCAUCGACAGCUGCUGUCCGUGCCAAUCAUUUCGCCGAAGAGGUCCCGAUCCGUCGGACCGAAGAGCAUCUAUUGCUGCUCUACUGCUGCUGCUGCUGCUGCAAGCUUAUCCCCCAUUGCCGCACGACGGGCUUUGAGUUGGAGUAUCCUGUCAGGAGGAGGAAGAUCUAGACCCUCGGCGUUGGUUAGACGCGUCCUGUAGGUGAUUUGGCGUCUGGGCCCUCUGCUGCUGCCGUCCUCUUUGCAGAUUCAGCUUCCGAUCACAUUGGCCCUGCGCCAGCCAGCCUCCCGCAUCCUCGCAGCCUCGGUAGCUUCAGCCGGGU